AUGGAGCUAGGGCCCAGGGUGGAGAGAGGGGUGGUGGAGGAGGAGUGGGGGAUCUGGUUGGUGUACCGUAGGGGGCUGAGGGUUCAUGGAGCUAGGGUCCAGGGUGGAGAGAGGGGUGGUGGAGGAGUGCGGGAUCUGGUUGGUGUACCGUAGGGGGCUGAGGGUUGAUGGAGCUAGGGUCCAGGGAUAGAUGGCUAUGCCUGAGCAGGACAGAAGGGUGGAGGGAUGUAGGGGUCUGCUUGUUGUAUUAUAGGAAGCUUGGUUGGGUCCAAUGACUCUCGUCACAUCCAGUGGUCACUUCUGUUUUCCACCGCAGAUAGAGAUAUGAUCUCCCCAGUGGUUUCAGAACCUCACCUCUAAACCUAUCACUCUCCAAGUAUCUGAUGCUAUCUUCUGUUGGAGCACUUGUCACGGAGUAUAUUAAUACACAGCUGCUUCUCCUCCUCUCCUCUAUCCCUCCCCUUCUCCUCCUUCUCCGUCUCCCUCCUGUCCUCCGUCUCCCUCCUGUCCUCAACCUGUCUUCACAUUACCCUAUUUCCUCCCUCCCUUUCUCCUCCUUCUCCCUCCUGUCCUCCUUCUCCUCCCUCCCCUUCUCCCCUCUCCUCCUCUCUCCCUUUACUGAUAACUCAAUAAGAUGGAGUAGGCUUGGAUCUGAGAAACAGGGAGCAGGCAGGCGGCGUGAAAGCUCACUUCCUGUCACAGGCUGAGACAGUGCCCAGGGAGCCCUGAACGGGGGUGACCACCCAUGAGAAGACCCUGUGGCACUGCAGCGUGGAACCCUCCAGACGAACCAACUGCUCAUGGAAAAGCAGAGAGAGAUCGCAUACAGCUAGAAACCCAGUGGAUUAGGCUUUGACAUUUUCCUUUAAUUAGCUUGAUGUUCAGAAACUGGAUCAAGCCUACUGCUCAGUCUUAGAAAGGUUGAUUCAGAAUAUUCCUACUUCUAUAUAAAACAUUUAAAAAAACAUUUUAAUGAAGAAGUUAAUUCACAGAUGUUGUAUUGUGAUCUAAUCCCCUACAUUUAGGAAGUGGAUGGAAAAAGGUUCUAAUUUUAGACUAAUGAAAUGAAUACUUUUUCGACACCUCCAAUAGAGGGCGAUAUCCUCUGUUCCUCUUUCUUAAUCCCAACCUGAAACAAACAUAUUUAGAGGGAGGAAGAGGAGAGGGAGGGAGGGAGUGAGAACCUAGCCAAGAGGUAGGAGGGGGAAUCCUCUGGCUGACUGGGAAGAUACAUGCACACACAGGCGUGCACGAAUGCAAGCAGCGAGGCACGCUUGCAGGCACACACACAUACACACAGCUGUGCGACCUGCACUUUUAUUUUGGGAGCACCAAUGCGACUAAAAGAAAACACAAUAAAAAUGUAAAUGCGUAACAAUAUUUAGUACUGACACUCUUCUCUACACUGCUCAAACAAGGCAGGCUGCCUCCCACGGCUGCUUGCUCCAGUACCCGUCCCCACACACCAAGUCACCUCAAGCAGCACGCCAUUCCUCCACUGUUUAUUCUCUGAGCACGCUGUCAAUUCAUGCACUCAACGUAUUCUUCCAGAACAAGAAGAAGAACGAUGCUGCUUUCCACGUUGCUUCUAAAUAUGAAUCCACAUGUUUUCUCUUUUCUGCUAUUGGUUUGUGUAUCUUGCUCUCUGCAAACCGCUAGUUAGUUAGGAGGAUGGCGUGUGCUUAAAUAAUGCUAAUCGCUAACUAGCUAGCUGGCUAGUGAAAUGCCGUUUAGCUAAAUGCACUAGCUAUGGCAAAACCAACGUUAGCUCUAAUACAGGUAAGUUACCAGUGGUGGCGUAGAUCAGUAUGUUGUUUGUGCAACACCAUGUUCUGAAUCAGAUAGCCUAUUCUAAAAUAGUUGUCUAAAUGCAACAUCUAUUUAUUCAAAUGUGAUUAGGGUCCCCGGGAAAAACACUUGUUCAACACUUUGGUUCCUACCCUGUCGUAACGCCUACCUGGCUUUUUCAUUUGUUGUCACGCAACACCAACCAUAAAAAUUACAAGAAUCAUUCUGUUUUCUAUGAUUCCAACAGUUCAGCCAAGUGUUUUGACCUGCCCUGAGCUCCUUCAUCAUCUGAAGCCAACUAGAAACUUUCAAUGUCCAUCAUCUUCAUUUAAAUGUGUGUGUUUGUUUGUUUUUGCUCCAUGCACUUUAGGGAAACAAUGGAAAUAAGUCUGACUUUAGGGAAACAAUGGAAAUAAGUCUGACUUUAGGGAAACAAUAGAAAAUAAGUCUGACUUUAGGGAAACAAUGGAAAUAAGUCUGACUUUAGGGACCACAAUGGAAAUACGUCUGACUUUAGGGACCACAAUGGAAAUAAGUCUGACUUUAGGGAAACAAUGGAAAUAAGUCUGACUUUAGGUUGUUAUUGCCAUCAAGUUUUAUAAACUGGUAAAUAAAAUCAAUCAAUCGAUCUGUAUCGCGAUAUUUUGUUGAAAAAUAAAUUGCAAUUAGAUUAUUUUGCCCAUAUCGUGCAGCCCUACUAACAACCUGGUGACUUUACCAGUAUAUGCAAACACUUAGUGGCACAGAGAGAAAGGAAAAGUGAUCUCUUCUUCAGGAGUGAGUAGGAUUCAUAGGCUGCGUGGUCUUUUUGACCAAUCAGAUCAGCUCUGAAAAAGAUCUGAUGUGAUUUUGGUCUUUUUGACCAAUCAGAUCAGCUCUGAAAAAGAUCUGCUGUGAUUUGGUAUUUUUGACCAAUCCAGAGCAGCUCUGAAAAAUAUCUGCUGUGAUUUGGUCUUUUUGACCAAUCCAGAGCAGCUCUGAAAAAGAUCUGCUGUGAAAAGAUCUGAUGUGAUUAGUCAAAAGACCAAAUAGUGGAAAAAUAUCAGAAUUGGGCUGCCUGUCUAAAUGCAGCCAAAUGGGCCCAUUGUAGGCUAUAUCUCAAUCAAUUAAAACAUAUAUUAUUCUGGUGCUCCACACCAGUGCUACCAAUAAAACAUGGGAAUUUAGAGCCCACACACACAGUUACACUUUGCACUAAUGAACAACAUUAGUCUCUCAGACAGUAAUACGUUCUAAAACUGGCUUAAACCGUUAACACAAAGAGCCAGCAGGCGUUCUAUCUGUAAAAUAGCUCUGAUACACAUUCCCACCCAGCAGAGCAGGCUUGGUACAGUAGAGCUGGCUGUGAAUUAGACUGAUUGGCUGAGCAUUACGAGGUUGAGAGGCAGACUGGACUGUGACAGUCUGAACACUUUAACUAGCCCCUACUAGCCUGGUGGGACCAAAACACUCAACAAACCUACUAGCCUGGUGGUGGACCAAACACUCAACCCCCGUAGCCUGGUUGGACCAACACCACAAACCUACUAGCCUGGUUGGGACCAAACACAUCAACAAACCUACUAGCCUGGUUGGACCAAAACACUCAACAAAAACCUACUAGCCUGGUGGGGACCAAACACUCAACAACCACUACCGUGGGACAAAACACUCACAACCUACUAGCCUGGUGGGAACCAAAACACUCAACCAACCUACUAGCCUGGUGGUGACCAAAACACUCAACAAACCUACUAGCUGGUGGGACCAAAACACUCAACAAACCUACUAGCCUGGUUGGACCAAAACACUCAACAACUCCUCGCCUGGUGGGACCAACCCAAACCUACUAGCCUGGUUGGACCAAAACACUCAACAAACCUACUAGCCUGGUGGGACCAAAACACUCAACAAACCUACUAGCCUGGUUGGACCAAAACACUCAACAAACCUACUAGCCUGGUUGGACCAAAACACUCAACAAACCUACUAGCCUGGUGGGACCAAAACACUCAACAAACCUACUAGCCUGGUGGGACCAAAACACUCAACAAACCUACUAGCCUGGUUGGACCAAAACACUCAACAAACCUACUAGCCUGGUGGGACCAAAACACUCAACAAACCUACUAGCCUGGUGGGACCAAAACACUCAACAAACCUACUAGCCUGGUUGGACCAAAACACUCAACAAACCUACUAGCCUGGUGGGACCAAAACACUCAACAAACCUACUAGCCUGGUGGGACCAAAACACUCAACAAACCUGUCCUGGACUAAAAAGCAUGGUCGGCUGUGUCAGAUGACUGUAGUCCGAAACGUUAUUCCAGACGUCUCCGGUUACAUGGUAUAUUGUAAAUACUAUGUUUAUAUAUAAAUAUAAAGAAAUAACUCAGCAAAAAAAAGAAACGUCCUCUCACUGUCAACUGCGUUUAUUUUCAGCAAACUUAACAUGUGUAAAUAGUUGUAUGAACAUAACAAGAUUCAACAACUGAGACAUAAACUGAACAAGUUCCACAGACAUGUGACUAACAGAAAUUGAAUAAUGUGUCCCUGAACAAAGGGGGGGGAGUCAAAAUCAAAAGUAACAGUCAGUAUCUGGUGUGGCCACCAGCUGCAUUAAGUACUGCAGUGCAUCUCCUCCUCAUUGACUGCACCAGAUCUGCCAGUUCUUGCUGUGAGAUUUUACCCCACUCCUCCACCAAGGCACCUGCAAGUUCCCGGACAUUUCUGGGGGGAAUGGCCCAAGCCCUCACCCUCCGAUCCAACAGGUCCCAGACGUGCUCAAUGGGAUUGAGAUCUGGGCUCUUCGCUGGCCAUGGCAGAACACUGGCAUUCCUGUCUUGCAGGAAAUCACGCACAGAACGAGCAGUAUGGCUGGUGGCAUUGUCAUGCUGGAGGGUCAUGUCAGGGUGAGCCUGCAGGAAGGGUACCACAUGAGGGAGGAGGAUGUCUUCUCUGUAACGCACAGCGUUGAGAUUGCCAGCAAUGACAACAAGCUCAGUCCGAUGAUGCUGUGACACACCGCCCCAGACCAUGACGGACCCUCCACCUCCAAAUCGAUCCCGCUCCAGAGUACAGGCCUCGGUGUAAUGCUCAUUCCUUCGACGACAAAAGCGAAUCCGACCAUCACCCCUGGUGAGACAAAACUGCGACUCGUCAGUGAAGAGCACUUUUUGCCAGUCCUGUCUGGUCCAGCGACGGUGGGUUUGUGCCCAUAGGCGACGUUUCCGGUGAUGUCUGGUGAGGACCUGCCUUACAACAGGCCUACAAGCCCUCAGUCCAGCCUCUCUCAGCCUAUUGCGGACAGUCUGAGCACUGAUUGGGAUUGUGCGUUCCUGGUGUAACUCGGGCAGUUGUUGUUGCAAUCCUGUACCUGUCCCGCAGGUGUGAUGUUUGGAUGUACCGAUCCUGUGCAGGUGUUGUUGCACGUGGUCUGCCACUGCGAGGAUGAUCAGCUGUCCGUCCUGUCUCCCUGUAGCGCUGUCUUAGGCGUCUCACAGUACGGACAUUGCAAUUUAUUGCCCUGGCCACAUCUGCAGUCCUCAUGCCUCCUUGCAGCAUGCCUAAGGCACGUUCACGCAGAUUAGCAGGGACCCUGGGCAUCUUUCUUUUGGUGUUUUUCAGAGUCAGUAGAAAGGCCUCGUUAGUGUCCUAAGUUUUCAUAACUGUGACUUUAAUUGCCUACCGUCUGUAAGCUGUUAGUGUCUUAACGACCGUUCCAUAGGUGCAUGUUCAUUAAUUGUUUAUGGUUCAUUGAACAAGCAUGGGAAACAGAGUUUAAACCCUUUACAAAUCUGUGAAGUUCUUUGGAUUUUUACGAAUGAUCUUUGAAAGACAGGGUCCUGAAAAUGGGACGUUUCUUUUUUUGCUGAGUUUAGUAUGAUAUAAACUGAGUGCUGUUUCCAUGACAUAGACUGACCAGGUGAAUCCAGGUGAAAGCUAUGAUCCCUUAUUGAUGUCACUUGUUAAAUCCACUUCAAUCAGUGUAGAUGAAGGGGAGGAGACAGGUUAAAGAAGGAUUUUUAAGCCUUGAGACAAUUGAGACAUGGAUUCUGUGUAUGCCAUUCAGAGGGUGAAUGGGCAAGAUAAAAGAUUUGAGUGCCUUUUGAACGGGGUAUGGUAGUAGGUGCCAGGCGCACCGGUUUGUGUCAAGAACUGCAACACUGCUGGGUUUUUCACGCACAGCAGUUUCCCCUGUGUAUCAGGAAUGGUCCACCACCCAAAAGGACAUCCAGCCAACUUGACACAACUGUGGGAAGCACUGGAGUCAACAUUGGGGGGCCAGCAUCCCUCCGGAACGCUUUCGACACCUUGUUAAGAGUCCAUGUUUUGUACAGUCAGUGUAUACCAUCUUACCACCUAUAGGAUGUCUACCCUGUAGCGAAGGCAACAGUGGAGAUCCAGUUCCCGAUAAUAGGAUGUGUUGUUGUUUCUGUGUUCCAGGUUGGCCGUCCUUCUAUGACCUGGUGAAGGAGGAGUCGGUCACCGUAACGGAUGAUUUCUCCUACGGGAUGCACAGAGUUGAGACCAACUGUAGUCAGGUAUGCCGAAGUCACCUUAUUUCACUUUUAUUUUGAAGUCAUUGAUAACCAAUUCUCUGUUACAAUAACGACCUGGUUAGAUAUGAGAUCUGCCUAGAGGUUAAAAGAGUAGCAGGGAUAGGAGCGCUGUUUGGUUGAGCGGAAGUAGAGAGUAGAUUAUUGGUUCCCCUUUGAGGGGGUUCCAGAUUUUUAGAUUUAGAUUUCAUAUUUACAAUACAACAAAACGUUGCUUGGAUAUUGCUGAGAAAUCAGUCCUUUCUGUGUGUUUUCAGUGUGGUUCUCACCUGGGACACCUGUUUGAUGACGGCCCCAGACCCACAGGGAAACGAUACUGCAUCAACUCUGCCUCUCUGGGCUUCCAGUCUGCCUCUGCCUCAGCCUCCAGCCCACCCAGCAACGGGGAGGGGGAAGGGGCCGGAGCUGGGGCUGGGCCAGGUGGAGCGGUCGGGGGCAAGACUGAGCUCUGA